GGCCUAUCGAAUUAAGUGAGACGAGAAACUCGAACAUCACCCGCAUCGGAAUCGUUAUCGGCACUUGUCAGCGGCAUCGCUCGUUUACUCUGUGAACCCACCCACCCUUUGUGAUAUCGCAUAACUUCAAGUAUGGCCGUUACCAUGCGUUAUUGUUCCUUUGACCUUGAGUUUAACAGUGUAAAAUUUCAAUAUGGGAGGCUCUACUGGGGUAGAGAACGUCAGCAAGACUGACAGUGGUGUUGACCUUGAGGAAUCGAGCCCGACUUCGCCAGCAAUAGUCGACAAUAAGAAUGAGGCUACGGUCGACAAUGAAGCUAUUCAAAGAACAGUGCUCAAAGCUUCCAACGUACGACAAAUCAUAAUCGUCCUGGCUGGCUUCACUGUCACGGCGAUGACAUGUUCCAUAGUCUUCGCCUUUGGUGUGUACCAGGCCCUGUAUGAAGACAUGUCUCAGAACCCUGACACGCCAUUCACGUCUACCUCCUCCGCCGAGAUCGGACUCAUUGGGACGCUGGCCCUCUCGCUGAUGACACUGGGCGGACCGUUCGCCAUGACGUGGGCGAAGCUCUUCUCUCCCCAGAUCGUCAUCGGCGCGGGAGGGGUGGUGUUUGGGAUCGCGUUCGUCCUCGCCAGCUUCAGCCAGCAACCGUGGCAAUUUGCCUUGACGCAGGGCUUGCUGGCCGGGGUCGGGACAUGUAUGUCGUACGUGCCCACGACGGCCGUGGUGCCGACUUGGUUCGACAAACGCCGCGCUUUCGCGAUGGGCGUCACGAUAAGUGGUACCGGCGUGGGCGGCAUGUUCUGGCCUCCCGUCUUACGAGCGCUCAUCACCCACGUCGGGUUCAGGAAUGCGAUGCGCAUCUCAGGGUGUACUUGCGCUGUGCUCGUCGUGGCCGCCGGGUGUGCCUUGCCCUUUGAACCGGGGUUUCGAGGACGUAUGCAGCUGACAGUACCUACACCUACACCUACAGCUGGGUUCACCACGACUGCAGCGACGACAACAACAACGAACAGGUCGACUCGUUCGAGCAGCGCAAGGACGAUUCUACGUCGCAUGACGACCCUGCCCAAACUAGAUUCCGGCGUCGCCACGUCUCGAAAAUUCGUCGCCCAGGCACUCGCCAAUUUCGUCCAAGCGGCCGGAUACUCGACCCCUUUGUUUUUUUACGCCGCCUACGCCCAGAGUAGGGGGUUCGGGGCCGACGCGGCGGCCAACUUCAUCACCCUCAGCAACGCUUCGAAUUUUGUUUCGCGUAUAAUGAUUGGCUACGCCGCGGACAGAUUGGGUCGACUGAAUGCACUUUUUGUGACGACGGUCUUGACCGCGAUCACGGUACUUGGGUUUUGGCUCCCGAGUACGUUUUGUGACGUGAAUCACGACGCCCACGGCGACAACGGCAACACAUGCGACACCGACGAAGCCAAUGUUUUGUUUUUCAUCUUCACCGUCCUUUACGGUUCAUUCGCCAGCGCCUACAUCUCCCUGUUCCCCGCGUGUCUGUUGGAGCUGUUUGGCCACCGACACUUUACGGCCGUCAGCGGCAGCUUGUACCUGGUCCGGGGAGCCGGUGCUUUGGUGGGCACCCCCCUGACGGGACUGCUCAUCCCUCGGGCCACGGCGCUCACCCAGGCCACGACCUACACCCGCGCCGCCGUCACGGUGGGGGCCCUGAUGUCUGCGGCCGCCGUCUUCACGGCGUGGGCCAGGGUCGAAGCUCAAUUUGGCACGGAUAUGAAUGCGGGUGCACAGAGUACGAGGGCACAAGAUACGAGUACAAGGACGAACAAAUGGAAACGGAAGUGGAAAGCCUAAGCAAGUCCCCGCCUCAAUUAUAUAGCAGUCGUCAAGACCUACUCUACCUCCCACGCGUCCAUGUCGAUACCUCCUCCAAGGUCAUGGAUUUUGCCUUCGGGCUUCAAUCAGCUGGGCAUAACUACUGCACACAACAACACAUUUCUUCAUGAACGAUUUGUAGUUU